AUUGGCUGAGUGGACGAAUUUUUUUAAAAAAAAAAAAAUAGAAAAUUUUACUACCUCUUUUUUUCUUUAUCAAUUUCUGAAACUUUAGGUGAUAUAGGGUCUACCAAAGUAAUCGUUUCUUCUUCUUGUUCUUCUCCUCCUCCUCCUUCUUUUACCUAUUUUACCCGACCCUUCACAUUCUUUUUUUUUUAUUUAAUCAUACCCUAUUACCCACCGAAAAAAUGAUGGAAAACUUGUUGACCAUUAACAAAACAACAUAUAAAGACGAAAUGUUGGAUUUGGAUGACUUUAUUCGACAUCGACUUACACCUUUAGUACAAAAAGUCAAGUUUCAACUUUAUCAUAUGGAAAGUUCCAAAAGAUUACAAGACUAUACUCGCAAUAAAAUACAACGAGCAACAUGUUUAUUAGAAACAAUAGACGAACAAUGGCGUUUGCUUCAAUUAGAGAAUACAACUAGUCAAUAUAAACAACAUAUUUUACAACAAUUGGAACAAGCUUUCUCGGAACUAUCUGAAAAAUAUCGGCAAUUGGAACAGAUACAAGGUGAUUAUUUCGAUUAUACCUUUUUGGACGAUACUAUGGACUCGCUCAUGUCUUCUAUUGAACAAAUCGAUACUUGUAUUGGUGAUACUAUAGAUAAGGCUUCUGAAAUGCGACAUAAAGUUCAUGAAAAGAUCAAUGACUUUGCUGGUAUGGCUCAUGAACAAAUGGAUCACCUCAAAGCUGCUAUUACUUAUGGUGCCAAACGUUUACUUGAUUAUGAAGAAUUACCUGUGCCCUGGCGAAAUAAUAAGUAUAUUCAUACAGGUUAUCGAUUUUUAUCUACACCAGCAGAUUGUUUUCAUUCUUGGCUUUAUCUUCACAAUGAAUCUGGUAAUAUUUAUACUCAUUUGAUUGGAUUCAUGGUAUUCCUUGGUAUUGGUAUCUAUGAAUUAUUUUAUUCAAAUUUGUUAUCGGAUGUUCCUAUGUUUGAUUGGAUCAUCAUGACCAUCUUCUUUUUGGCGGCUUGUAAAUGUCUCAUGUGCUCAACCGUAUGGCAUACCUUAUCAGGUAUCAAUGAUUAUCAUACUUUUACUAGAAUGGCUUGUUUGGAUUAUGUUGGUAUCAGUACCUUGAUUUCUGCAAGUGUCUUAUUAUGUGAAUAUUAUGGUUUCUAUUGUAAUGAAUCAUGGAGAAAUACUUAUUUGAUUGGAACUGGUUCUUUAGCUCUUGUUGGUGUCACUAUGCCUUUUAUGACAUGGUUUGAUCAUCCAGAUUCUCGAUGGAUUCGAAUUGGAUUCUUUGUUGCUUUAGCUUCCUCUAGUAUAUUUCCAGUUGGUCAUCUUAUUUUUGUUUAUGGUCCUGCUCCAGUUGGUUUAUGGAUUGCUCCUGUAUUGAAAUCAUUAGCAUGUUAUGGUUUAGGUGUGAUUGUUUAUGGUAAUCAAUUUCCUGAACGGAUUUGGCCUGGUAAGUUUGAUCAUUGGGGUCAUUCUCAUCAAUGGUGGCAUUUGUUUGUUUGCGGUGGUAUCUGGUGGCAUUAUCUCGCUGCUGCUAGUUUUGUCUCUCAAAGACAUGAAUUUGGCAUGUGUAUCUUAUAGAACUCAUGAUUCCCUCCAUUUUGAUUACUUUUUUUUAUAAUAUAUAUAUAUUAAUCUCCUCCUUAUUUAUUACCUUAAUUAUUUAUCAAUGAUGAACCCAUACCAAAU